AUGCUGCCCCCGCCGCCCGCUCAGCGGGGUCGCCGUCCCGGCCCGCCGCCCUCGCCCCUGCCGCUGCUGGGCCUGCUGGAGGCGGCCGGGAACGAGCUGGAGGUGCUGGGCGCCGAGGUGGCCCGCCUGGUCGGGCUGAAGACUUUGGACGUCUCCAAUAACAAGCUCUCCGAAAUCCCAGCGGAACUGGCCGACUGCCCAAAGCUGAAGGACGUCAACCUGAAAGGCAACGCCCUCAAGGACAAACGGCUGGAGAAGAUGGUGAACGGCUGCCAGACCAAAUCGAUCUUGGAGUAUCUGCGCCGAGGGAGAGGCAAACAGGAGGGUGGCACCGAGAAGGAAGAAAGCCGGAAAAAGAAGCGGGAAAAGAACAAGAGGAAAACAGGCAGCGAUGACGAACUGGAAGAUGCCCAAAAACUGCUUGUGAAAAUUCUUCACAUCUCCGACAACCCGGCGCCGUUGGUGGUGAAAGCCGGCCCCAGUGCGAAAGACGUCCGCCCUUACAUCGUGUGCUGUGUGGUGAAAGGCAUGGAUUUCUGCACUGGCAAUGCUCUGAAGAGGUUCCUCUCCGUGCAGACAAAACUCCACGAGGACCUUUGUGAGAAACGAACAGCAGCCACCAUUGCGACUCACGACCUGCAGCUGGUGAAAGGACCACUUGUUUACGAAGCUCGGGCCCCAGAGGAGUUGAAGAUCGUCCCCCUGGGCCGGAAGGAGACAAAGGCCAACGACCUCCUUCGCCAGUUGCAGGCCGAAGCUGAAGAGCAACGGAAACAGAAAAAAAGACAGAAUAUCUCUGGAUUGUACAAGUACCUUCAGCUCCUGGAUGGGAAAGAAAAUUAUCCCUGCCUGGCUGAUGCCGAAGGUGCCGUGAUUUCGUUCCCUCCUAUUACGAACAGUGAGAAAACAAAGCUUGGGAAAACCACCACCGAUUUGCUUCUCGAAGUGACCAGCGGCACGAGCCUUCAGCUGUGCAAAGAUGUGAUGGACACCCUCAUUGUGAAAAUGGCCGAGUUGAACAAGCUGACUGCAGUCCACAAAGACGGGGAAGCCGGGUCGGAUCACGAAAUCCUCGCGCCCGAAGGCAGCCCCCCAAGCAGCCCCCCAAGCAGCCCCCUGGUCUUGGAGCAGGUCCGGGUGGUGGACGCAGAAGGGAACUUAAAAGUUCUUUAUCCCUCAAAGACGGAUCUCCACUCCUCCCUCCUCACCGUCCUUCAUUAAGCUCGGCUGGCCAAACGCCUCACUUGGCC